ACAGAAUGAAUUUAUUGUCACUGGUAUCGUAGAACUGUCUGUCAUUAUCGUCUUGGAGUUCAACGAUCAUUCAUUUAGAACACCAUGACUAUGUUUGUACUGUGCGUUGUGUUGUGUAUCGUGGGUCCAUUACUCAAAGUGUCUGCACUCCCCAGUACUGAUUUAAAAGGAAAGAUUGAGAAUUUGUAUACGAAACUUGAGACCAUGUCUACUGUUGUACUCCGACUUGUUAAGGAAAACGAGAAAUUAGAAACCAUGGUUGUCACUGUACCGAGACUGAUUAAGAAAAACGAAAAACUAGAACUUAUGGUUGACUCAUUUAUCAAGGGGAACAAAUUAUUGAAGAAUAGAGUCAACCUUCUAGAGCAAAUAGUGCAAAAUGUCGUGGCUUGUAAUGACGAACAGCCGAAUGUCACAGAUGGGGUAGCUAAGAAAGACAAAGCGAGGAAGCAGGGGAGUGGGAUAAUGGGAAUCACAGACAUGUCUGGAGAGCAGGAUGAAGAGGAUUCAAAAGAAUCAUACCACAGAGACCAGCAAACCAGAAAGAGAAUAGUACCACCAACGUCUUUUCCGACUAGUCUAGUCGCUUUCCAUGCCUAUCUAUCAAAAGACAGCACAGGCCCUCUUUCAGCUCACCAUAUUCUGAAGUUUGACAGCAUUUCCUUAAACAAAGGACACGGAUAUAACGCUUACGAUGGUAUAUUCAUUGCUCCAACUUCCGGAACUUAUGUUUUCACCUGGUCAAUAAUGUCAGAUGUACAAGGCAACGUCUUUAGUCAACUGAUGAAAAAUUCCGACAUUAUUGGUACUAGAUAUGCCGACUCUGCAACUUCCACCGUGUGGGAUUUUGCAACAGGAAUUGUCGUUGUGGGCGUUAAUCAGGGUGACCACGUAUACGUGUGGCUAGGAAGAGAAUCUGUGGGGAAAGUAUUAAGUGUCCUCUACAGCAGAACGACAUUUUCCGGGUGGAUUUUAAACUAAAUUGUCCAAGUAGAACACAUUAUAAAACAGAAUCUUUUUUCGAAA